AUGUCUGACACCGGUCGCAAGGACUUUACUACCAAGGCUAAGGAGGAGCUCACUCCUGAUGCCACCAAGUCUACCCAAGACAAGGUCAAGGAAACUGUCACCGACACUGGCGACCGUCUUGCUCGUGGUCUCCAGACCGACGACAGCAAGGGCGGUACUCAGGAGGCAUUUGACAAGACUCAGCGUGCCCAUGACAACAACAAUGGCGGUGCUACUAGCUCCAUUGGUGACAAGGUCAAGAACGCCCUUGGCUUGAACAACUAG